GAUCGCGGAUACAUCGUGCUCGUGACGAGGCCCGCGCGGCAGCACGAGGCGGACGCAGUGCGCGGUGCGCGGCCCGGUGCUGAGGAGUGUCCCACGCGUCGUGUCUGAGAGGUCAUGCGUCGUCACAGGCCCGCUCCCACGCAGUGUACCACGCAGUGUCAUCGCCGUCAGUCAAAAUGAGAAGGAAAGUCUACCUGCCCAGCAUGGUUCAGGCUAUCACAGUGCUCACCGUGCUCAAGAUGCUGACCAAUGCCCAGACGACAUGCAACCAGGGCAUUGGCCGGGUGGUGUACGAGAGGUUGCCGGACCAGCAGCUCCAGGGAUUCGACGAUGACGUGGUCCGAGACUCGCUGCCGCCCUCGCAGGUGCUGGACAAGUGCCAGGACAUCUGCCUGCGCGACCGCUCCUCGGCCAACAACCUGGUGCGGGCGUGCUCGUCCUUCGACUUCCAGGCCGGCGCCAGGAUCGCGUCGUUCGGCGGCGCCCCAGAGUACGAGGAGUCCGCCUGCUUCCUGACGCGCGAGACCGCGCACCCGGAGGGCAUCGGCAACCUGGUCCUGGUGCCCGGCAGCGCCCACUUCGCCGAGGUCUGCCUGUCGUCGAGCCGCGUGGAACGGGAGUGCCCCAACCGGCGCUAUGUGUUCGAGCGGCACCCGCGGAAGGCCCUGCGGCUGCCGCAGACGGACAUCAAGGAGGUGGCGGCCACGAACCGCUCCGACUGCGAGGACCGGUGCCUCAACGAGUUCUCCUUCGUGUGCCGCUCCGCCACCUUCGACUCGGCCGCCAGGACCUGCGCCAUGUCCAGGUUCACCCGCCGGACGCACCCGGACCUGCUGGCCGACGCGCCGUCCUCGGACUACCUGGAGAACACGUGCCUGAACGCGGAGCGGCGGUGCGACGCCACGGCCGUGUACGUCAAGGAGGAGAACAAGCGCGUGGGCGGCGCGGUGGAGGCGGCGCUGCUGGCCAACGUGUCCCUGGAGGAGUGCCAGUCCGAGUGCCUGGGCGCCGAGCGCUUCCUGUGCCGCGCCCUGGAGUACGACGAGGCGACGCGGCAGUGCGCGCUGCUGGAGGAGGACUCAGUGUCGCAGCGCGACCUGCUGCGCACCGCGUCGUCGCCCAGCCACCACCUGUACGACCUGGUGUGCCUGGACAACGCGCUGCCCUUCCGGUCCGACAACGCCGCCACGUCGCACCUGUUCGCGCACGGCCGGCGCCCCGACACGGCCUUCCAGCGGUACCGCAACUCGCGCCUCGGCGGCGAGUUCCACUCCGAGAUCACCGGCCGCUCCCUCAGCGAGUGCCUGGACGAGUGCCUGCGCCAGGCCAGCUUCGUGUGCCGCAGCGCCGUGUACUCGGACCGCUUCCGGACGUGCCGCCUGUCGCGGUUCGGGCAGCGCGACGGCCACCGCGUCAUCUACGACGCGGACUACGACUACUACGAGAACCUCAUGGCGCACUACCCCGACGCCGGCGACACUGGGUCGUCGCUGCCGCCCCUCUCGCCCUACCGGCCCGACCCCCUGGGGCAGGACUCCACCUACCCGCGACCGCCGUACCCGUCAGUUGGCGGCGGCGGCGCGUACCCGGGCGGCGCCUACUACCCCGUGGGCGGCGGCGGCCCCAGCAACGUGGCGUACGGCGGCAACUCCCUGGGCUACAGUGUGGGCAACUACGGCGGCGGCGCUAGCGGCCAGCUGGGGGCGUACCCCGCCGCUGGCGGCUACCCCGCGGCCAACUCGUACCCGGGCGGCGGCUACCCCGUGGGCGUGGGGACGGGCGCGCCCGUCGGCGGCUUCCCUCCGGGCUACCCCGCGGGCUACGCCAGCCCCAGCCCCCUGCCGCCGGGCCCCGCGGGCUACCCGCUGGCCGGAGGGCCCCCCGUGCCCCCCGCGGCGCAGCCCGUGGCCCAGCCCGCGGGCUUCGGCGACCCGUUCUACGGGCGGCCGCUGACGUCGAGGUGCGACGACGGCGACGCCUUCCGCCAGGUCGGCGCCAGGCUGCGCGCGCGCCGCCAGUACAUCCGGCGCUUCGUGUCCGUGCCGUCGCUGCCGCUGUGCGAGCGCGAGUGCGCCGACGCGCGCGACUUCGUCUGCCGCUCCUUCAACUUCAGGCCCUUCGCGGCGCCCUUCGGGGCGGCCGAGCGCGAGAACUGCGAGCUGUCCGACCGGGACUCGCGCGACCUGGACCCCGGCAACCCGACCUUCUUCGAGACCACCGCCGACUACGACUUCUACGAGCGCUUCAACGGGCGGCAGGGCAUCGGCGGCGAGUGCCUGGACGUGUCCCAGGUGUGCUCCGAGGACGGCAUGGAGUUCACGCUGCGCACCCCCGAGGGCUUCGUGGGCCGCAUCUACGCGCACGGCUUCUACGACCGAUGCUUCUUCCGCGGCAACGGCGGCACCGUCAACGUGCUCAGGAUCAGCGGCGCGCAGGGCUACCCGGACUGCGGCACCCAGCGGUUCGGGGACUCGAUGACCAACAUCGUGGUGGUGCAGUUCAGCGACUACGUGCAGACGGGCCGCGACAAGCGCUACAACCUGACGUGCCUGUUCCGCGGCCCUGGGGAGGCCGUCGUCACAUCGGGCUACAUCGGCGCGGGGCGGUCCGGCGCGCCGAUCCCCAUCGAGUACCUGCCGGCCGAGAACUCGCUCAGCUCCCGGGUGCGCCUGCUGAUCCUGUACCAGGGCCGGCCCACCACCACCAUCGCCGUCGGCGACCCCCUCACGUUCCGCCUCGAGGCGCAGGACGGCUACCACUACUCCACGGACAUCUUCGCCACCAACGUCAUCGCCAGGGACCCGUACUCCGGCCGCUCCGUGCAGCUCAUCGACAGAUACGGCUGCCCCGUGGACCAGUACGUGUUCCCGGGGCUGGACCGCUCCAGGGAGGGCGACGGACUGGAGGCUCGCUUCAACGCCUUCAAGAUCCCCGAGUCCAACUUCCUGGUGUUCGAGGCCACGGUCCGCACGUGUCGCGACGGCUGCCAGCCGGCGUACUGCACCGGGCAGACGGGCCGCAGCGAGCCGUCCUUCGGGCGGCGGCGGCGUGCCGCGGAGGGCGGCCAGGACGACGACCUGGACGACGACGAGGACCAGGGCGACCAGGGCGUGCGCGUGCAGCAGGAGGCGGGCGCCGCCAACAACAGCACCGACGACGAGGAGCAAGUCCGCGAAAUGAUCGAGGUGUUCGAGAACCGCAACGACGUCCCCGAGGCCGGCGGCACGGCGGACGCCGUCAAGGUGCAGCCCGCCCCCGCCGUCAGCGGCAUCGUGCUGUCCUCCGGGGAGUACUACGGGCUGGUGUCCGCCCUGACCACCGCGCUGGUGCUGCUCGCCGCGGCCCUGGCCGCCGGCGGCGUCGCCAUCAGGCACAUCUACGUGUCGCGGCAAGCCAAGUACGUGCCGCCGAUGCCCACCAGUGCGCCGCCCACCGCGCCGGUCACCUUCACCACCUCCAGGAUGGCGAGCCUCGCCUCGCUGCUGCCCAGCAAGCUGUUCGACAGCGAGAUGGGCGGGCGAGGGGGCCUCAGUCCUGGCCUGCGGCCGGGCAGCCCCGCUGUGGUGGAGGCCUGCAUGGACCUGGGGCCGAUGCGGCGAGGGACGUUCGACGACCCCAGCGAGCCCAUCUACACGGACCCGUCCUUGUUCGAGCGGCCGCGCAGCCUGCGCUCCAUCGCCGCCUUCCCGCCCAGCACCAGGGCUGCCAACUGAGCGGCGUCCGCCAGCCUGCCGGCUUGUCGGGUUGGCAGCACUGUCCGGACAGACCUUCCCUGCCGCCACGCUGCCCUCGCUGACCAGCCUCAAGACGGGCAGCAAAGUGCGCGCGCGACAAGACUGUCAUGUUGGCAACACUGAGGGUGGUCCAGCUAGCGGCCACUCAGUUUGAGGGCUUACUCGUACCUUUCUGCAGGUGUACACUCUGUGUGGACCUUUCCCCUAUUUUAUUCCUAGUGCGUAGUUAGCUGUAUUGUAAAUAAGACGGGUGGGUCUGCCUUCGCCAAUCGGAUAGCGGGAGAAAGCCACAGUGGGCCCAAAAUGACGAGUAACCUUGCCUCUCGAGACAGCGUUCAUUUCGGACACACUGUGGCUUCGCUGCCUCUGUCUGGGGCUUCAUCUAAAUUUCCAUUUCGAAAUUUAAAAAAAAAAGUUUUAAGACGACAAUAACUUCUCGACCCCACUUUGGGAAAAAAUAGAAAUAUCUUUAUACUAUUUUAAAAAGACAUCUUGCGAUUGGAGUGUUUCUUAUCUCUGUGAUUCUGUCUCAUCAGAUACUCUUAGAUGUAGGAAACUUAGAGUGUAGCCGUUUUCAACUUUCUAUGUUCACUACUAGCUUAGGCGGUAAUUUGCAACUCUUAUUUUUUUGAAAUUGUGCAACGUGUUGUGAGAUUUUAGGCACAUUUUCAAAUUCAUAGAGGUGUAAUGCUGUGUAUUUAUAAAAUAUUUCAACCGAGAGAUUGGUGUCGAAACGAUGCCGCUCGGUUUCGUUUUGUUACUGAAAGGAGUGCAUCGUUUCGGACACACACUUCUCUCACCAUGUUAGCACCAAAUCCUAUUUAACUUUUAGUUUUGUAAAUGGCACCCGUGUUUAAGUUCAGAAUCAAGGAGUACCUUCUAUGUACGUCGUUAGUUCACAUUAUUGGAUUCUUGUUUUCAUACUUUUCAGUUUGUCCUUAAUUCAUGAUAAGCGACUUUUAUAUAAUAAAUAGUAAAACAAAAAGUCA